AUGGAAUCAACCCAGCAAGUCGAAAAGCAGAGCGCACAAGAAACUUCUUCCGCUUCAACGGGCGAAAAGUUCGCAGACUUGGUUUUUCCAGACUUGGGCUCGCCUUUGCUGUCACAAGAGCUUGAAGACCAGGCGAGCCUCGGAAGACUCAAACUGGCUUGGGACAAGUUCGCCUCCGGAUGGAGCCCUCAAGACAAGAGGGAUAUCUAUCGUCUCCUCCCUGAGGUGCGAACUAACCUUACGAACCGAAAGGUCCCCAGUAAACACAAACUCUACAAACGCGAAAUCACCUUCGGACUCUGGGUUAUCCUCCAAUGCAUGUACCCUGAUCAGAAACUUCAAGCUCUCAGACUUACUCUGAUGGAAAAGUAUCCGGGUAUAGAUCUCGGUACUUUCGCUGGUCCUGUUCCCAAUGCUGCCUGUAAGGCUCCUCAAGAACACAUCGCCGGGAAACUCGAGCUCAAGGUUAUGACUCCCUGCUUUGAGAAGAAGUUUCUUGAGGAAGAUUAUGAGAUCAGCCCGAGCGACUUGUCCCUCAAAGAAGAGGACUACACCUCUAAUGAUAAUGUACUACAUGUCCCGAAAUUCGAGCCUCACCUGGACCAGCUCCGCUCCACUGGAACUGAUAAGCCUUUCGCCCAGCGUUUGAAGGAGGUCCAGUCAAAAAUGCGAGGCAUGGUUCUUGGAGAACCUCACAGUGCUUCUUACAGCAAGUUUCUGCAGUCAAAGUCGAGUACUGCGCCAGUAGAUGUAUCGAAUUAUGGCUCCGAUGACACAAAGCUGUGCGUCAGUCCUAGCGCUGUGUCCAAAGCAGACGUUGAAUCCGUGGCCAGCGACGGAUCUCCCCCUAAGGACGACUCUGCCCAGACUCCAAUUUCGAACAAGCGGUUCCUCGAGUUGAAAAAUCUCAUUACCAAUGUGACGACUGAAUCGAAACGAGGUGUUUCUGACAAAAUGCGGAAGAUGCAUAUCGAGACGACGAAGCAGAUCCAAAACAUGCACACCGAGAUGACUGAACAGUUCAAGAAGAAUCGAGAGACACUGAUUGAUAUUGGUGAACAAGUUGCGGAGAUACGAGCACAUAUCGAGCUUGCACGCAUGGAUCGGAAGGAUCUGGACGAAGUCGAGACCAGAGUCAUCAACCUUGAGCAGUUCAUCUUGUCACUUUGA